UCAGCCGGGAGGUCCAAGAAUGGAUUUGUUUUCCAAGAGAUGGAGCUGCAGGAUGGGGAACAGGAGGAUUAUGAGCAGGAUUUACCUGUCACUCACAAGGAUCACAUCUAUGACAACCAAAUCCAGAUCAGCGUGUCAGAUCCUGAAGGCCCUGGGUUUGGGCUUUUAAAUACAACAAGAAAAUAUGUGAAGCCAAUGAACUUCCAGGAUGAAGUUCGUGCCCACAGAGACCUGGACAGCUUCCUGGCCCAGGCAAGCAUCCUCUUGGAUGAGAAAGCUGCUACUCUGGACGAGGUCCUGAGACGAAUGUUAACCCACGUGGCGGAGGACGGACAAGGGGGCUGUGAUGUGGACGUGGUCAUGAACUCGCUGUUCACAGACGCAGGAGGGAAGGAGUUUAACGUUCACCUUCUGUCAGAGACCAUUCAGGGUGUGACUGCUACUUCUACUGGCAUUCGUUACCAGCAGUCCUGGCUUUGUGUUCUCUCUAAUGUGAGGACACUACAGAGACGUCAUAUCUGCAUUGCCCGUCUGGAGAGGCCACAGAACUGGGGAGUCAACUGCUGUGAGGCUCGAUAUGUUGUCCUCAUCCUGGCUCCUCCUAGAACGAAAAGCACCAAGACGGCCAUUGAACUCGGCAGAACAUUUGCCACAAUGUUCUCCGACAUUUCCUUCAGACAGAAGCUUCUGGAGGCCAAGACGCAGGAGGAAUUCAAACAAGAGCUGGUCUACCAGCGACAGCAGCUCUCCAUAAUCACUGAGAAGCCAGAAGUAGAGGAGGUGGAGGACUCAGAUCCACGCAAAAGCAAAUCACUUAAGUGCAAAGAUUUCUUCAAGGUCGGUUAUGGAGUUUACAAGGACCUCCGUCGGAGACUUCCUCUCUACCCAUCAGACUUCACAGAUGGUAUAACAGGGAAGGACCGCUGUCUGCUGAAGUAUACUACCACUGCCAUUUUCCUCUACAUUGCUAUUCUGCUGCCUGCCAUUGCCUUUGGCUCACUGAACGAUGAAAGCACCAGGGGAGAGAUAGAUGUUCAGAAGACCAUUGUUGGACAGAGCAUUGGUGGAGUGAUCUAUUCUUUGUUUGCUGGCUCGCCACUUGUUAUACCACUGACCACUGCACCGUUGGCCAUUUUCAUAAGCGUGAUCAGGGGCAUCUGCGAUGACUAUGACCUCGACUUUGAUUCCUUCUACGCCUGCAUCGGUUUAUGGAACAGUUUGUUCCUCAUCCUUGGAGGCCUAUUCAAUGUCAGCCUGCUGAUGAAACUGUUCAAACGCUCAACAGAAGAAGUCAUUGCAUUGUUCAUCUCCAUUGCAUUUGUUGGGGAUGCAGUGAAAGGCACCGUCAAAAUUUUUCAGUACUUCUACCACGGGCCCAUACUGGCUACCACAAACAGCACGCUGGUACUCCAGGAGAUUACAGAGAUUCUCGAGAAGAUGAAGAACCAGACGGAACACACGCCAGGGCUUAAUAAUGAGACUGGGAUGGGACACGCAUCAGUCUUCCUGCCUGAGUCUCUGGUGUUGUGCACGAGAGAAAGGCCCAUCCUCUGCCUGCUGCUCAUGUUGGGGACGUUGUGGCUGGGUUAUGCCCUCUACCUCAUUAAGAAGAGCCCGUAUCUUAAUGGCACAAUCAGAGAGGUGGUGUCAGACUGCGCUUUGCCUAUCUCUGUGGUGAUAUUCUCCUUCAUUGGCUCCUACCUUUUCCUUGAUAUACAGCUUCCUAUGUUCAGUGUCCACGAUGGCCCGAUCUUCAAAUAUCCUGCAUUUGACAAGCUGACUGGAAUGAACACACUAAGUGCUGCGGGGCUGGGUUUUCUCCUUGCAUUGCUCAUCUUCAUAGACCAGAAUAUUGUCAUUUCACUUACACAUGUACCAGAACACAAGCUGCUAAAAGGGACAGCAUUCCACUGGGACUUAAUGCUGACCGGCUUCAUCAACAUCCUCAUGUCCUGUCUCGGGUUGCCAUGGAUGCACGCUGCCUUCCCACAUUCCUCCCUACACGCCCGUCAGCUGGCCAAGGUGGAACAGCACGUAGAGAACGGACACCUCUACUCGACUAUUGUCAGUGUAAAGGAAACACGUCUGACUUCACUUGUUGCGAACAUCCUCAUCGGCUUGUCCGCAUUCAUGCUGCCCAUCCCUCUGCAGUGGAUCCCCAAGCCUGUCCUCUACGGCCUCUUCCUCUACAUCGCAGCCACUUCACUUGAUGGGAACCAGAUGGUGGACCGCAUGGCCCUGUUGCUAAAGGAACAGACGUCCUAUCCUCCCACGCACUACAUUCGCCGGGUGCCUCAGAGGAAGGUCCACUACUUCACAGGGCUGCAGAUGAUCCAGCUCAUCAUCCUGUGCGCCUUUGGGAUGUAUCCUCUGCCCUACAUGAAGAUGGUGUUCCCCCUCCUGAUGAUUCUGCUUGUCCCUAUCAGGAUCAUUCUGCUCCCUAAAGUAAUCGACGCUAAGUAUCUGGAUAUCAUGGAUGCCCAGCACAUGUAGAACAACAGCCACAACCUUAUGAGAAGAUUCAUUACCUCCAGUGCAAGGGAAACAGACUUAGAAGUCAUUGAUUGUUAAUGACUGAAUGAAGUGCAUUUGGACUGCAAGAUUUCAAUACAAGCACUCUACUGGUGACAAAAGUGGUCGGAUGACCAUUUACACCCCUCAUUUGCUUUCUCAUUUACCGUUAGUGUAGCUGACUUUAAUAUGUAACAUUCCUACAUUGUAUUCAGCUAUAUAGUAUUUUCUUCUUUUGCUUCUUUUCACAUAAACACACAGGUAUUGUUAGGUCACUUUUGGGAUAUUUACAUAGACUUAUAUUCAUCUACUGAGACGUACCCUAACUUUAACCGUAAUCACUACCUGCCUAACCCUAAACUCAACCACCCAAAAAUAACCGUUUUACUAAUUGUGAUUUUUAUCCUCAAUUGCAUAAGCCGUCCUCAAUAUGCUGGUCUUAAGUCUGGUUUGCGUCCCUGAAAGUGACUUAAGUCGUAUCCACUCACAUACACAGACACACAAAAGUUUGCUUUGACUUCUAUUCAUUGUGGACAGCCUAACCCAUUCAUAAAUAAUUCAUGCACAACCUUGACCUACUGUAACCCCAAUUCACACCCCACCCCUAACCAUAACCAGGAUCUCAGAAAUGACAUUUUGCCUUAUGGGGACCAGGCUUUGGUCCCCAUUAGGACUACUGGUUCUGACAAGGUUAUUGUUUAUACUGGAAAAGGUCCCAAUGAGGUGACAAAAAUGUGCACAUGUGCGCACACACACACACACGCACAGACAUACAUCUGUCUUGAACUGGUAAAUGACAGGUGUAUGAGUUAAUGUCAGAGACAUUUUUUUCUAAUAUAAUUUUAGGCAUCAUUUGUUUAAUAGAGAGCUGCUUGGUUUGUGUCCUCCAUGAGUUUCAAGUGUAACAUUGAUGAGGUGAUCUGGGGUAUGGAAAUUUCAGUGUAAGUAAUUUCACCAACGCAAAAAAUCCAUUAAUCAUAAACUGACUGAAAAGGAAUUCCUCCCUGUUUAAACAUGCAGAGUGGAGUGUCAUCCCACAUCAGUAAAGUUUUAAUCAAUCACAUUGAAGCCAGGUUUCCCAAGAUUCAUGUCCCAUUCUUUUAGAUGUGAAAAACUGCUACUUUUAUUUUAAGUAGUCACAUAACAUGAUAAAGUAUGUUAUUAUGUGGAGAAUAAACCAACUGUUUUAAAACAAAUAAAGCCC